CUAACGCGGUGUUCCUCCGACUUUUUAUCCGGUCCCUUUAUUUCUACAACAACACCUUCUCUCCCCCAAUUCAUUCUUCAGAAUCUUUCCUCCAUAACCAGCAUUCUACAUUGAUUGUCACAAAUCACACUCCAUAAUUCCCUUUAAUUUAUGAUACAAUCGCUAAAAGAUGUUUCGGAAGUUUGUGAAGCCUUUUAACAAAUGUUUAGGGCACCCGAAUGGCGAUGAACUGUUAUGGCACACGGAUUUGAAGCCUCACGUCUCCGGUGAGUUCUCAAUCGCCGUCGUGCAAGCUAACUCUAUCCUCGAAGAUCAAAGCCAGGUAUUAACAUCACCGUCUGCUACCUAUAUCGGCGUCUACGACGGCCAUGGUGGACCUGAAGCUUCUCGUUUUGUUAAUCGCAACCUUUUCCCUUUGAUCGACAAAUACGCAACAGAGGAAGGAGGUAUAUCUGCAGAUGUUAUAAAGAAGGCAUUCCAAACAACAGAAGAUGGAUUCUUUCAAUUAGUGAAGUUAUCAAUGCCGAUUAGACCCCAAAUUGCUUCAGCUGGAUCAUGUUGUCUUCUUGGAAUCAUUUCAAACAAUGAAUUACACAUCGCGAACUUGGGAGAUUCAAGGGUGGUUCUCGGCCACAAAGUUCUAGUCAACAGAAAGCCAAAACUAGUCGCAGAGCGUUUAUCCAAAGAUCACAAUGUCUCCAUUGUAGAAGUGAGGAAGGAGGUUCAAGCACAACAUCCUAAUGAUUCACAUAUUGUGGUUUAUUGUCAUGGAGUUUGGAGAAUCAAGGGCAUUAUUCAGGUUUCAAGAUCAAUAGGUGAUUUCUAUUUGAAGAAACCCGAAUUCAACAGGGAUCCAUAUUUUAUGCAACAUGGAAACCCGAUUACUCUAAAUAGACCAGUUUUGACAGCUGAACCUUCUAUCAUAUCAAGAAAGCUUAGGCCUCAAGAUUUGUUUCUGAUAUUUGCUUCUGAUGGGCUUUGGGAGAACUUGAGUGAUCAAGAAGUAGUAGACAUUGUACAGAAAUACCCAAGAAUGGGAAUAACGAAAAGAUUAGUGGGAAUAGCCAUUGAUAAGGCUACAAGGAAAAGGGAUCUUAGAUACAAUGACAUCAAGAAACUCCAAAAGGGUAUUAGACGUCGAUUCCAUGAUGACAUCACCGUCAUAGUAAUCUUUCUUGAUCAACAAACGGAACCCGAUAAUGGCACAAAGUUGGGGUCCACAAGUGCCCCGAUCGAUAUUUUUUCAUGUAAGGAAGAGAAACACAAACAUUUGGUUGAACAUAAAUGAUUGAAAACCAAACGGAUGUUUUGAUUUAUAUAAAAGAACCAAAAGAGUGGAUGGUGUUAGAAUGGUUUGUUUGGGUUCAAUGUUGGUUUAAACUUGUAACAUCAUAUUGUUUGGUUCAUUUUUUAUCAAUGA